AGUAUUCGUAUCACAAUGAAAAACAUCCUGCUUUUAGUUACACUUUUCUUAAUUUUGGUCAACUGCCAUUCAGUACCAGUUGAGAGCGAAAGAGUGGAGGAUGAUCCUGAAUUGAUCGCAGGAUUAUUUGAAGGUGAUAUGGAAUUAGAUUUAUCACGUAACGGCUUGGUUGACACUUCCAAAAGGUGGCCUAAUGGUAUUGUGCGCUAUAAAAUUGGACCGGCAUUUGAUAUGGACCACUCUAUUUAUAUUCUUCAGGGCAUGCAAAUCAUCGAAUCAGUUAGCUGCAUACGUUUCCGUCAUGCUACUGCUACUACAAAGGCCUACAUCCAAAUUACUGGCCAAUCUACUGGAUGUAGUGCCAGGGUCGGUUAUAGUGGCGUUAUUCAAAAUUUAAAUUUACGCAUUGAUGCUUUGGACAAGGGCUGCUUUAGAAUUGGCACCAUUAUGCACGAGUUGUUACAUGCUUUGGGUUUUCAUCAUCAACAAAAUUCCUCGGAUCGUGAUGAGUAUGUAAAGAUUGCCUGGGACAAUAUUACCGAAGACAAGAAGUACAACUUUAACAAAUAUAAUUCGAAUACUGUUACCGAUUUUGGCGUUGUAUAUGAUUACGGCAGUGUUAUGCAUUACGGCCCCAUAGCAUUCUCGAAAAAUGGCGAAAAAACCAUAGUUCCUUUAAAGGAAAGUAACGCCGUGAUGGGUCAACGAUUGGAAUUAAGUGAUACAGAUAUUAAGAAAUUAAAUAAAAUGUAUAAUUGUUAAUGAU